ACGCGGGAGGAGGGCAUAAGGAAAUUAAACCUUUAAGUCAAUGCAUAUUGUGGAGACACCGGCACAGGAGCCCUCACGGUGGAGUCGGCCCGGGCUGUGCGUUCCCAAAAUAUGACCAGGGGUGCUUGGAUGUGUCGGCAGUAUGACGACGGCUUAAAAAUCUGGUUGGCAGCACCCCGGGAGAACGAGAAACCGUUCAUCGAUUCAGAGAGGGCUCAGAAAUGGCGACUGUCUCUGGCAUCUCUCUUGUUUUUCACAGUCCUGCUCUCUGAUCACUUGUGGUUCUGCGCCGAGGCCAAGCUGACCCGGACCCGGGACAAGGAGCAGCAGCAGCAGCGGCAGCAGCGGCAGCGGCAGCAGCGGCAGCGGCAGCAGGAGCCCUCCUGGCCCGCGCUCCCGGCGAGCAUGGGGGAGUCCCCGCCCGGCGCCCCGGCACACAGACUCCUCUCCGCCUCCCCGUCCCCCACCCUGCCCCCCUCCCCGGGGGACGGCGGCGGCAAGGGCAGCAGAGGCGGAAACAACCAGAGCAAGGCUCUUUUUCUAGGAAACUCUGCCAAGCCCUUGUGGCGCCUGGAGACUUGUUACCCCCAGGGCGCCUCCUCGGGCCAGUGCUUCACGGUGGAGAGCGCGGACGCCGUGUGCGCCAGGAACUGGAGUCGGGGGGCGGCCGCGGGCGAGCAGCGGCGGGCGAGGGGCGCACAGCCCGCUCCGCUCUGGAACUUGUCGGAUUUUUACCUUUCGUUUUGUAAUUCCUACACACUUUGGGAGUUGUUCUCGGGGUUGUCAAGUCCCAACACUUUGAACUGUAGUCUGGAUGUGGUGCUCAAGGAGGGCGGCGAGAUGACCACCUGCAGGCAGUGCGUCGAGGCUUACCAAGACUACGACCACCACGCUCAGGAGAAAUACGAAGAGUUCGAAAGUGUGCUCCAUAAGUAUUUACAGUCGCAGGAGUACUCGGUGAAGUCCUGUCCGGAGGACUGUAAGAUUGUCUACAAAGCCUGGCUGUGUUCCCAGUACUUUGAAGUCGCACAGUUCAACUGCAGAAAGACAAUUCCUUGCAAGCAAUACUGUUUGGAGGUUCAGACGAGGUGUCCGUUUAUAUUGCCCGACAACGAUGAAGUCAUCUACGGGGGACUCUCCAGUUUCAUCUGUACAGGGCUCUACGAGACCUUCCUCCGCAGUGACAGAGACGAGCCAGAAUGCUGUGACGUCAGGAGGGGACCGCAGUCUCGCCGCCCACCCCCAGGCACGGUGGGGGGCGGGGGCUCCUGCCACAGGACGUCGCUCGCGGUCUCCUCGGCCCCAAGACUGUGCCACGGCAGACUCAGGCUGUGCGUGCUGGUUCUCAUGCUCUUGCACACGGUCCUCACGGCCUCGGCGGCGCAGAACAGCUCGGCGCUGGGCCUGGGCGGCCUGCGCGCGCUGGAGGACGGUGACAAGUACAAAGGCCUUGAGCUGGGAGCAUGCCUGGAGUGUUGGAAGAACAGCAAGGGGGCCUGUAGAGCUGGAGACAAGAGAGCAAGAGCCAGAGGAGAAGGGGAUGUGGUCAGAAACGUGGAGGCGCUGGAAGCAGGACUGCAGAGGCCGACCGUUGGAGGCUCUGGCUUUAACUUGGGUUGGUACAGGAAGUCCCCGAGGAUUGAGCAGAGGCGACUUUGUCUGGGUAACGGAGGUAAUAACCAUCAUCUGGCUCAUCUAUCGAGUGUGCAUUCUAGAGCCAGGAGACUAUCAGAAUGUCUAGCUAGUGAUCAUGGUGGCUGGGACCGCCGUAGUAUGAAUGAGGUGAUGAGUGAUCAGGUCCUGGAUACGGUGAAGGUCAAGUUGACAGGAUCUGCUGAUGAGGUGUGA